AUGGUCAUAACAAGGACCAGCACUGUAGAUAAGGUGUUGGACAAUAGCAGAGUAGGCCAUAGAGAGAGAAGCAAAGACGAAUCCCCAGAAGAUUCUAGUGAUGGGCUUACAUUGGAUACCAAUCUUUCUCAAAGCGGGGUAUACAAUUCUCUCCAUGAUAGGGAUGAAGACCAUAAUGGCAAUGGGAUCAAUGUUUUGCAUGAUAUCGUUGGGGAGUCCAUGAAGUUCCAUUUGAUCAGCUUGGGAAACAAAGUUGUUGAUCAUUUGUCCAUAUACAACCCAGUAAACGGGGUAGAAAAGGAAGACCUUACAGGCAUAGACUGA